AUCACAUAUAUCCAUUUAUCUUAUAUUUCAUCUAAAAUACUUCCUGGCUGUGCUCGUGAUGACGACAGCGCAUCGGCAGCAUCCAUUUGGCUUGCCAGUCGUUUAGUCUUUGCAGACGUCAGUGUAACAAGGUAGGACGUCUGGUUCAUUAAAAAUGAACCCGUUACUUACGCAGCGGAACGCCGACUUUGCAAGUCCUACCCAUCCGCUCCAAAGCCUGACGCCGACUAGAGCUCAGCCUGAUGCGGACUUUGCAAAUCCUACUCACGACAGCAUCUGGAAGGUUACAAGGCAGCUUAAGAAGGAACAGUGUUCCCUGUAUAACUGCGUUGCCUCAAUCCUAUCGGACGCGGCUUUCGUCUCGGAAAUAAGGGGCCUCUACCCGACCAUUCCUUUGUUGGCGAACCUACGUUGCGGCCUCUGGUAUACGCGCCAGGCAGAUGGCACCUGUUACUUCAAGUCCACAGAUGGGCAUAACGGUAACUGGUCUUUCUCUUGUACGCGGCUUAACUGGAACGUCUGUGAGCUUGCUGCCCAGCAUGGAGGCGUGAUAAUUGUUGAUGCAACGCGCAAGGGGAAGCGCUUUCCGGAUGCCAUGACUAAGACCAUCCCCAUCUGGGCUGCCGUUGUGAACCGCGCCGUUGCUCGCAAACGCGCCGAGGCAUCCGCGCGGCAGGCCGCAGCAGGAGCAGCAGUAGGAGCAGCAGGGGCCAUGAGAAGCAGCACCUCAGCUUUUGUCUCAGCGCCCGAUCAGCAACCCACCGAGCAGCAGCUGCUCUUCCAGCAGCAGCUUGUGCCAAACCUGCCCGCCCGGGAAUCCCAAAGCCCUGACACCGCAGCAGACCCAGUCAACUCGGCAACACCAUCAUCAGCACCGCCGUGUCCUUCCUCACCUGCGCCCUCCACGCCACGCAACUGCCGUUCCUCCUUCACCUUCCCUGCUGCUCCCACCUCCCCUGCGGGCUCCGCUGCUGCCGGUGGUGGUGGCGGUAGUUGUCCAGCCGCCGCUGGGCAGCUGGCAGCGGCGAUGGCAGCGGCGACGGCUGAGCAGCAGGAUUGCGGCUGCCCCCGAGUGGGGUCACUCAGCAUGUGGCUGCAGAGCCCGCUGGCUGCCUCAACCACCCAACCGACGUCGCCCACCGGCACUGCCACCACCACUACCGCCUUGGCAACAGCCGCUGAGGUAUUGCGACGGAAUGCGGAUGCAAUGGAUGCUUUGUCAGCAGUCGCAACGCGGGAGGAGGACGGCUCUCCUGUUGCUUCCACCCUGGCUGUCCCGACGGACGCUGACGGGGAUGAUGAUGACGACGGCCACGGCGAGAACAUCAUCAGCCGGGAGCGGCGGUUGGGGCCGGCAUGGGCUUGCGGCCACAGGGAGGGCGGCUCCGGCAGCAGCCCCCCACGCGGGGAGCAGCCGGGCGGUGAGGGGUGUGGUGGGGUGUGCGGGUCGCCGCGACGUGCGCGCUGGGUCCGUCGCGGUGCGGACACGGGUGAGGGACUGGACCUGGAGGAGAGGUGUUGCGGGGGGCGGCAGCAGGGGGAGCAGGGGGAGGAGGAGGACCCGCAGCAACUACUACAGAAGGAGCAUCCGGAUCCCCAGGAGCAGCAGCAAAAGCACCAGGAGCACCAGCUGUUGCUGCCGCAGCACCAGCAGCAGCAGGAGGACGAGGAUUGGGAUGCCUGGCCCGCAGCCGCCCCCGCCGCUGCCCCCGCGGAGUCACCAGCCAGCUGCUGCUGGCAGGUGCAGCUGCGGGGGCCUGAUGCUGCUGCUGCCGGCUGCUGCUGCCCCCCUGCGCUGUGCGAUGUGGACCUGGGGGC